UACCGAACUUACUAAAUGGGUGCUUCAAUAAUCAUAUUUCCUUUCUUUUUAUUCUGUUUCUUUUGUUUUCCAUGUUUCAUAAUUGCGAGUGUCGAAAAUUGUUCAAAUAAUCGGUGUAGCAAAUUUGACCCUAGUAUCUUAUAUCCCUUCAGAAUUAAAGGGCGUCAAAGCGAACCAUGUGGUUAUCGAGGUUUUGAUCUUACCUGUAAUAAUAUGAGUAGGACAGUUUUAGAACUGCCAUUUUCUGAACCUUUCUUCGUCCAAGGUAUCAACUAUGGCAAUACUCAUAAUGAGAUACAACUUGUAGAUCCGGAUAACUGUCUUGCUAGGCGUUUUCUGAAACAGGUGAAUCUUUCUGGUACCCCUUUCAUUGGUAUUGAGUAUAAGAAUUAUUCGUUCUUUAGCUGCCAGUCGGAAACUAACGAACUUGCGAAGGAUAUAAGUUGCCUUAGUAACUCCACACACCAAGUAUUUGCUACAGCUAAUACAACAAGUUCCAGUAGUUCAUGGCCUCACGCAAAUUGCACGUUAAUUGUUACUGUACAAGUUCCAGUUGAAUCCGGUAAGGAUGUGUAUGAACAUCCUUGGUUUGCAUAUACAAAUGUUCUUCAUCUCACAUGGCCUUGGAAGCAAGCACCAUACUGCAAACGAAAUGGCUGUAAUGAAAGGUCAAACUUUCCAUCCUUCAGAGACCCUGAUGUUCCGAGGCGUGGUGGUAACAUAUUUCUUAUCGUCAUGGGAAUCCUAAUACCGACCGCAAUAGCCACUUAUUUGUGCUACAUUAUUUUAAAAAGUAAAGGCUUUUUCUCUGGGCGUGGUAUUGCAGCAACCAGCUGGUCCAGCUCAUCAGAAUUAGUUUCCAUAUCCACCGGUUUAGAUGGUCCAGCAGUAAAAUCCUUACCCACGAUAGUUGUUCGUGAGAGUGGACGAUUGCCCAAUCCAGACAAUAAUAUUUGUUCGAUAUGUUUGUCAGAGUAUCAACCAAACGAGACACUGAAGACAAUGCCUGCAUGUAAUCACUGUUUCCACGUUGAUUGUAUUGAUGUUUGGCUUCUUUUGAAUUCAACGUGUCCUAUCUGCCGGAUAUCUCCGGUUUCGGAAAAAAAUGCUAUAGGUACCCCUCAAGGCUAG